AUGUUGAAGAAAGUCGCUAUUAUCGGGGCUGGUGCUGCGGGCAUGUCCUGCGCUGCCACCUUGGCCAAGCAUCCCGAGUUCGCAGUAACGCUGAUUGACAUCGACUCGCAUACCGGCGGCCAAGCGACAUCAAUCCCAUUGGAUCAGUCUACACAUGGGGCGAGCUCGUUAAACGACGGCGUUCAAGGGGGCUCGCAAAUAUUCCGGCACACUUUCCAGUUUUUCCGUCGUUAUGGUUAUGAGCCCCAGCCGGUCAAGCUUCAAGUUGCGUUUGGCAAAGGGAGAAACUUCUGGACCAACGUGUUCCCUAAUGCACUGGUCGAUCAACACUCAGCAGAAAUCAAGAAGCUCUUGCGGGUCCUUACGUGCGUCAAAUAUUUGAUGCCCAUUCUCGGCAUCAUGCCGGUCAAAACUAUUCUGCGUUUGUUUCGUUUCAGCGCAGAUUUCAGCAACCAAAUGGUCUUGCAACUCCUGGCAUUGUUUCUGGGAACAGGGAAUCAAACUCCCAAUGUCUCUAGUGUCCUCUUAGAGCGUCUCUUCAAUGAUCCCCAGAUGAAGUUGUGGGAGUAUGACCCGGAUACACUAUUGCCAAACCUCCCUCUCAUGUAUACGUUCCCGAACUUGAACAACUUUUACCGAGAUUUGGCGGCAGGUUUGCGCGUCAAGGGUGUUGAUAUUCGACUCAAUUGCAACGUGACCAUCGUUGAACGAGGCAAAAAGGGUGUCGUGCUGCAGCUGCAGGACCAUGAAGAGGGACAAUCGACAGGGCAACCAUCGACAGAAACAUUCGACGAUCUAGUCAUAUGCUGCCCAGCAGACGAAUCUAAGAACCUCCUGGGUCAAAAUGCUACGUGGCGCGAGAAGUAUGUCUUGGGUGGAGUCAAAUUCUUCAACGACCUCACCAUCACUCACUCCGACUCCAAUUAUUUCCGGCAGAUCUUCGAGUCAGUUUAUGAUCCCAAGCUCUGUGCAAAACCCACAACUCAGGAACGCAAGAACCAAAUCGCAUUUGCCGAACAAGAACCCCGUAGCCAGAAGGAUGGCUGGCUGGGAUUCCGCCCGAUGUACUACAUGCAUUCCUAUGUAUCGGACUCGACAAAAAUCGAAAUGGGGUUCAAUUGUAGUAACUACCAGCAUCAGUUCCGUGAGGAACUGGGCGAAAACAAACCUCCUCUGCCUCAGGACCAACAUGUGCUCCAGACGAUCUUCUUAAAUGACCAAGAAAAAGACCUUUGGACAUGGGAUGCCAUUGACCCAUCCAAAAUCAUAUCGUAUGUGAUUGAUCCAUUCCUAGCGAUUUAA